AUGGGCAACGGUGUGGAUUGUAGCUUCGAACUGACAGCUUACAACAGUUUUCUUUCGAUUUUAUUUAUUGUUGUAUUUUCAUUGGCUUUACUUGGCAACACCAUUGUUAUAAUUACAAUUGUUUGUAAAACUCAUCGAUCUCGAUCAAUUACAAAUUUCUAUUUGCUGAAUCUAGCCGUCGCUGACUUAUUGAGAAGCGUCGUAUGCAUUCCACCUACUCUACUAUCAGAGCUUACUCAUUGCUGGCUGUUAGGGCCAAUUAUGUGCAAAGCUGUAGCCUAUCUUCAACCUGUAGGUGUAUGUGCUUCAGCUUAUACAUUAGUUGUUAUUGCAAUCGAAAGAUAUUAUGCCAUAUGUCGUCCAUUAGAAUCUCGUAAAUGGCACACAAAAAAACGAGCUUUGAUUACAAUAUCGACCGUUUGGAUGUUAUCGUUUGGAGCGAAUAUGGGCUCUUUAGCCAUCUUCGAUCUCGUUCCAUACAGAGCUCAAUGGACUUGUGAUACUACAAAAGGCUCAACUAUUGAUUUUAUUUAUCAGCUCUAUGUUACAACCAUUCUAUUGUUCGUACCUCUGACAUUAAUGGUCGCCUUGUAUGGUCAUGUCAUAUACACCCUGAACAUUGCGAUCAACUGUGAUAAUCCACUACUGGAACAAGUCAUUCUAGAAAAUGAAAUUCCAAUAAAGCCUACUUUCACUGAUUGGCUUUUCCAAUCGUUUACUCGCGUCUCUUCUCAGAAAUAUCAAAAGGAGAAAAAUUCGCUGUCCAUACCUACAGCCAGUCAUCAAAGGUCGAGUCGAAUGAAUUCCAUCAACACCUUAUUUGGCUCUCCACGAAAUAGUUUCGAUUCUUCUCUGUUACUCCGCAGUACAAAUCAAGAUAAAAUACUUUUGGCAAAACGCAAAGUCACUCGCAUGCUCAUCACAAUAGUCAUCGUGUUUGCCGCGUGUUGGGUUCCAAGUUACACAUGGUGGCUGAUAGUUCGAACAGCUGAUUUACUUGGACACAAUCUGUGGCACUCAGGAUUGAAUACAUCGUUAACGAUACUAACAUAUAUCUCUUCUAUGGCUAAUCCGAUAACAUACUGUUUUAUGAACAAAUCAUUCCGUUCAUCUGUCUUCUCUUACUGUCAUCCAAGACGAAGCAGAAAACGCUGCACGCCGGUUCUCUCACAUCGAACAGCUUCUAGGGAAGCUGGGGCUGCUAAGGAUUUACAAUCGCCUAAUAUUCCACUUAUCAAAAUUGAUUUAGCAAUGGAAAACACGAUGCAUAUUUAA